AUGAAUAACAGGCGCCCCAGCACUUCAGCCCACACAUCAGACGGCAGUGAGAGCGGCCACGGGGCCCCCUACCAGGAGGAACACUCCUUCUACCCAGAAGCAUGGGACGAACAACAGACAUCACUCCUCCACCGGAACAGCCCCAGCCAGUACAGCUCGCCGUUCGCCGAUCCCGUCGCCGAAUCGGACUUGCAGAGGCGAUAUACGCUGCAUGAUCCCGGUCCAUCAAUCGGCGGCGUCCCGGAAUACGAACCGACUGAGUUGCGUGAAAGGAAGACUCGCACCGGGCUGCAGCGGUACGGAACGAGGAAGAUCAACCUGGUGAAGGGAGCUGUGCUGAGUAUCGAUUAUCCGGUUCCGAGCGCGAUUCAGAACGCGAUCCAGCCGCAGUAUCGAGAUGCCGAGGAGGCUUUCUCGGAGGAAUUCACACACUUGCGAUAUACGGCGGCGACGUGUGACCCCGAUGAGUUUACCCUGCGCAACGGAUACAAUCUUCGGCCGGCUAUCUACAAUCGGCAUACCGAGUUGCUGAUUGCGGUUACUUAUUAUAAUGAGGAUAAGGUCCUGACUGCGCGUACUCUGCACGGAGUUAUGCAGAAUAUUCGGGAUAUUGUUAAGUUGAAAAAGUCCGAGUUUUGGAAUAAAGGAGGCCCGGCGUGGCAGAAGAUUGUUGUCUGUUUGGUCUUCGAUGGGAUUGAGCCCUGCGAUAAGAAUACGCUGGACCUGCUGGCCACAAUCGGGGUCUACCAGGACGGUAUCAUGAAGAAAGAUGUAGAUGGCCGAGAAACCGUCGCGCAUGUGUUCGAAUACACGACCCAGUUAUCAGUCACUGCUACUCAGCAACUCGUGCGACCUCAGGGUGACGAAUCAAGCAACCUCCCACCGGUGCAGUUUAUAUUCUGCUUAAAACAGAAGAACAGUAAAAAGAUCAACUCGCAUCGCUGGCUUCUCAACGCUUUCAGCCGCAUACUCAAUCCCGAAGUGGUUGUGCUCCUGGACGCAGGCACGAAGCCUGGCUCGAAGUCCUUGCUCUCGCUGUGGGAGGCCUUCUAUAAUGACAAAACACUGGGUGGAGCGUGCGGUGAGAUCCAUGCCAUGCUUGGCUCGGGCUGGCGAAAGCUUUUAAACCCCCUUGUUGCUGCCCAGAAUUUUGAAUAUAAAAUCUCGAAUAUUCUGGAUAAGCCAUUGGAAAGUGCGUUUGGCUAUGUCAGUGUGCUGCCGGGCGCUUUCUCUGCGUACCGAUACCGGGCUAUUAUGGGCCGUCCAUUAGAGCAAUAUUUUCAUGGCGACCACACGUUAUCCAAACGCCUUGGGAAGAAGGGAAUUGAAGGUAUGAAUAUCUUUAAAAAGAAUAUGUUUUUGGCGGAAGAUCGCAUCUUGUGCUUUGAACUCGUGGCCAAGGCCGGGUUCAAGUGGCAUUUAAGCUACGUGAAGGCAGCCAAGGGCGAGACUGAUGUCCCUGAGAAUGCGGCCGAGUUUAUCAGCCAGCGUCGUCGCUGGCUGAAUGGCUCGUUUGCGGCGGGCCUCUACGCGAUGAUACAUUUUGGGCGUAUUUACCGCAGCAGCCAUAAUCUCAUUCGAUUGUUUUUCUUGCAUCUCCAAAUGCUUUAUAACAUCUGCCAGCUUAUCAUGACCUGGUUUUCUCUCUCGUCAUACUGGCUGACAAGCUCGGUCAUCAUGGACCUAGUCGGCACACCGAGCACCAACAACAAGGAAAAAGGCUGGCCCUGGGGCAAUGAUGCAUCGCCGAUCGUCAAUACCUUUCUUAAAUACGGCUACCUCUGGUUGCUGAUGCUCCAGUUCAUGCUAGCCCUUGGUAAUCGACCAAAGGGAGUUGUCACCCUCUACACCAUCUCCUUCCUCUACUUCUCUCUCGUGCAGCUCUAUGUUCUCGUCCUCUCCUUCUACCUAGUUGUCAACGUCUUCACCGGCGGUAUGCUAGACUUCAACUUUGAUGAUGGUGUCGGCGCCUUCAUACAGUCCUUCUUCAGCUCAUCUGGCGGUGGAAUCGUGCUCAUUGCGCUGGUCACCACAUACGGGUUCUAUAUUAUUGCGAGUAUCCUCUACCUUGACCCCUGGCACAUCCUAACCAGUUCCUGGGCAUACUUCCUCGGCAUGACCACGGGCAUCAAUGUGCUCAUGGUCUACGCGUUCUGCAAUUGGCACGACGUCUCCUGGGGCACAAAGGGAUCUGACAAAGCAGACGCCUUACCGUCAGCAACGACUCAGAAAGACGAGGACGGCAAGAAGAACUUUAUCGAAGAGGUUGACAAACCACAAGCCGAUAUUGACAGCCAGUUUGAGGCUACGGUGAAACGCGCCUUAACGCCAUGGAUCGAACCCGAAGAGGACGAAGGCAAAACCUUAGACGACUCGUAUAAGAAUUUCCGAACCGGAUUGGUGUGUUUCUGGGUCUUUAGUAACUUGCUCCUGGCGUUGUUGAUUACCGCCACGGGCGUGGAUAAGAUCUGCUUGACGAAUACCUCGACCACCAGGACGACCGGAUACUUCCAGGCUAUCUUGUGGAUUACGGCGGGCUUGUCGACGUUCCGGUUUAUUGGGUCGUUGUACUUCCUCGCGCGAUCGGGAAUUCUGUGCUGCGUGUCUCGGCGCUGA